AUGGAGAGGGAGGAGAGAUGCCACUACUCUUCGCACUGCAGCUACCCGGCAAUCGAACCACAUGCAGAUCCGGAGCGAACUGCUCUAUCUGGUCGAAGGAGGCAUGGCGUGCCGGAGGAGGAGGUCAAGCCGGCAGGGAGGACGGGCACCUGCCCACGUGCUGUGGUGCUGGCGAGCCCCUGCCGGCGUCUCUCAUGCCACUGUUGGGGCAGCACGGAAGUGGACAUCGGGACUAGCAGGGGGUUGGCGACACCGCGAGAGCCACAAGUCGCCGGUGAGGUGGGGGUCACUGAUGAAAAAUGGAGGAUGAGGGGAUCCAAGAAGCCAAAGUAUCUUUUGGAACCACCCGAGCUCCCAUCCCCGGAUCAUCUUGAGGAGUUUGUCCUCACACCUCCUCUUGCAACUGAACCUACUCUCAGGUUCAGCAAGCGUAACGCAUCCAGAAUGCAGGACAAGAUGGAAGAUACGGCGGUGAAGCUGGCCUGCAAAAACGACCCUGAAGGUUUACAGAAAGAAGAGGCGGCGGGAGAACUUCGCGCAGGUGCAGAGAUGAUCAGGAAUGGCACACUGCAGCUGAUGAAACUGUGCGACUCCGUCAAGCAAACGAUCCAGACAUGA